GAAGAAGGGCAAGCAGGAGUUGGAGGUGGAAGAGGUGCCAGGCAUGCCAGCCUGGGCGAUCACGAUGCAGAAGAACCUAAUGCAGCACACCACGCACCAGAUCGAGAGCGUGACGAAGGAUAUCGGUGAGGCGAAGGCGAUGGCCAUCAAGGCAGAGGCCGAGGUCCGGGAAUUGGGGAAGGAGGUCCGGGGCAUGAGGCCAGCCAUGAAGAAGCUGGACGAGCUGGAGGCCGAGUUCAAGGUCUUCCAGGCGCGGUCGGAGGUGCAGUCGAAGCCGCAGGGGCCGUCAUGGGCUGCGGCGUCGAGUGCGGAUAAGGCCAGGAGGAGGAAGGACGAGGAGGCGGAGGAGAAGCGCAGCAGGACCGUCGGCCUCGGGCAGUUCCCGAAGGACACAAAGUCGGAGGACAUUGUGAAGUACUUGGAGGGGGUGCUGGAGGAGGCAAAGGAGGACAUUGAGGAGAUUUUCGCUUACGGCAAGAAGUUCGCAGAACGAGGUGCAGCACGAUUCAAGACGUCGGACGCGAUGUGGGGGUACCUGAAGGACAAGGCGGGUAAUCAUACGAGCUCGUACAACGGCCAGAAGAUCUACUGCAACGCGGAUUCGAGGAGGCAGGAUCCAGGUUCGGAGGAGGGGAGGCGAGAGAGGGCAGUUAGGAAGCUAGUGAGGACCAUCAUAGAGGCCAACGGGGGAGUCGGGAAUGCAGUCAAACAGAACAUCGACACAUAUUAUCGGAAGGGCGUCGUCUGGUGGAGGGAGCGGAGGGCCGGGGAGUGGAAGAACGGCUCGAUGCAGCUCAUGGGCCAGGCACUCGAGUACAAGGCUCUGUUCGACCAGCUGUGCUCCGAGGGGGUUGUGAAGCUGGCGCUGGACGCAUCGGCUGAGCCCUCCUUUCUGAAGCAGGACCAGCCCGGAGCAAGCGAGGCCGGGGGGGAGCAGUUCUCUCGCAGUUCUCCGUUCUACACUGCUGACUUGGUUUUUCGGUUGAUCAAUAUACAGGGCUUGCGCAGUUCUCUUGCCGAGCUGACCGCGCGAGUGCGGAUCAGCGACGGGAGACCGGCGACGUGGGCCACAGACCCGGCGGCCACUCUCAGCGUAGAGGGCGCCGAAUCUGUAUUGCGUGCUCUACGGGAAGACAGCGCUACUGGCCCAGACCUGCUUCCGACGAGAAUCUUGAAGAGAUACUCGGCGUCGCUUGCGCUGCCUGUGUACUUGCUGGGCGUAGCGAUUCUUACCAAAGCGGUGUGGCCUGCAAGUUGGGGUAUCCAUUGGAUCGUUGCCAUAUACAAGAAGAAGGCCGUGUUUGAUCCAAAGAACUACCGGGGCGUUCACCUCACUGCGCAGCUUGCGAAGGUCAUCGGGAGGUUCCUGCAGCCGGUCUUCUGCCCUGUGUUCAUGUCAGAAUCAAGUAUUGGCCGGCAUCAGUUUUCUUGCAGUCGAGGCAGGGGCGCCCGGGACGCCUCGGCAUUUCUCGUUUUGUCUUGGCUGACAGCAUUCCGGGAAAAACGGAACGUUGCAUUGUGCAUGUCCGACGUGUCCGCUGCCUUCGACAGGGUCUUCGUCGACAGGCUGGUCAGGAAGUUGGCUGCGAGAGGGGCGCCGACGGAGGUUUUGCAGCUGUUCAGAUCGUGGCUCGGCGUACGGACCCACCCGCGCGGGGAGGCGUUCGAUUUAUUGGGCGUGCGCUUUGAUGCGAAGCUCACCAUGGCCGACUCGGUGUUCCAGCUGGCGAAGGAUUGCCGUUGGAAGUUGAAAGCGAUUUUGAGGAUUCGCAAAUGUAACUCUGGAGCGCAGUUGGUCCUGCUUUACAAAGCGCAGAUUCUGUCCUUCAUCGAGUGCAGGACUGCCGCAAUCUACCAUGCUUGCAAGUCGGCGCUGGAGGCUUCGGACCAUGUCCAAGACAAGCUGACCAAGGCCGCCGGGGCAAGCAAAGCGGAGGCACUCCUGGCGUUCAAGCUGGCGCCCUUGUCUUCAAGACGAGACAUGGCAAUGCUCGGCCUGAUUCACCGAUCUGUCCCGGGGAAGGGUCCAGGGCAUUUCAAGCAGUUCUUCAGGCUCGACCCGCAGACGGGAGCGAACAAGCAGCGGCGACAUCGUUUUCAGCUUAUCGAAUACUCCGACGGGCACUGGUCCGACUUCGUGUUUCCCAACUCGCGCCCUGCAGAUUACAUCAAACACUCGCUGCUAGGAUUGGUCUCGAUAUACAACAGGUUGCCGCCGGACAUCGUGGAGUCGUCGUUCAGCGUCGCAGAAUUCCAGGGGGCGCUUCAAGGUGUCAUCACUGACGCUGCGCAAGCAGGCGCUGACGACUGGGAGAAGGUCCUCAGCCCGCGCGUGCCUUGGCACAGGCACCCGCUGAGGUCGUCGACCAUGGAUCAGGAUAUCAGGGAGUUGGCCAUCCACGCGGCCAAGAGUGCAGUCGGCCUCGACGGGUCCAACAGGCUGGCGCAGGGUGCCAAUCAGUACGAGUCCGCGAAGAAGAACCGCCCAGAGUCAGGGUUCAUCGUGCUGCUGGAAAUGUCCUGGAAGGUAAAGGAUCUCUGCAAUGUCGAGUUCAUGGUCAUUCCAGUUGUGCGCGGGGUGACCAACGAGAUAAUGGAGGCCAAUGCCAUGAGACCCGAGGCUCUGAGCGCGCCUUCUGACGCGCGACGGAUGGCAUCGGAGCUGCUGGUCACAGUCGUCGCCAGUAUUUCACAGGCGACUCACGGUUGGCUGUUCCGGUGCUCGCCGGUGCCGAGCUGCCCGACCCUCUCGUGGCCGGCGAUCCUUGCCUGUCCAAAUCUGCACUGCCCUGACCUGCGGCGCCCGACGUGCCACGCGACCCAGUGUCCUCGGGCGCCCUCGUGUUCGGCCUGCGAGGCAGGCGAAGAGUGCUCGUGUGACGUGGCGUCGUGCAGCUGGUGGGUGCCUUUCGUGGAUUUGCAGCUCUACCGGAACCUGGACACAGUGGCGGCGGCGUGGGAGACGGUGCUGAGGGGCGUGCCGAUUGAGCUCGGCGUUAAGAGCACCUACAAGUUCGGAACCUUCCCCCAGGGACGACGGUGGGAGAGGUUGCUUGACGAGACCGGCUGCGUGGCCAGCUCGGAGGAGUGUAGCCGCGGCCCAGUGGUUCACCCACCUGGCGGAGCCGACGGCGGAGACCUCGGCGUCGAGCCCGUGCCUGGCCCGGUCGUCGACGUAGGCGCGGCGGGGGAGGUCCGUGGGGCUCUCACCCCGAGGGGGCGCGACCGUGUGGUCCGUGCGCCCGCCGCGCCCGAGGGCCGCUGGGUGAUCGUCGUGGCCAACGGGUCCCUGGGGGUCACAGUCGGCGACGAUGUGGCGAUGCCGUCGGACGCGCUGAUCUCGCCCGACGGGCGGAUGGAGCUGGAGCCAGCUCCCUGCUCGGCCGAGAGGGUCUUCGUGGAGGGCCUGCGCAUGGACGAGACGCCAUCGGACUACGUUGAUGCGAAGGGAUCUUCGGCUUCGAGCUCGGGCGCCUGCGUGGUGGGCGUACAGUGCGACAGCCGGGGGGUCAGGCAGCGGGUGUGGCGCGAGGUGUCGGUGAAGGUGCAGCAGGUCGAGUUGGAGGACUGGCCCGAGCCGAGGCCGCGUACGGUGCUCUGGUGCGUACAAUUCGUGGACCGCCGCGGGGGCGAUCCCAUGGACCACCACCGCGGGUGGAUGGCCAGCCUGAAGCUGUCCAACACGUACUUCAGAGUUCAGGAGCAUGGUCACGGGAUGCAGGCCUUCAAGUUCUUCGGGGAGUACGGCCAGAUUGACUUUCCAAAUCGGGUCAGGCUCGAAGUGAUCAUGAGGCGGUGCCAGGUGAAAGAUUUUCACUACGAGAAGGCGAACAAAGGCAGCAAGGCGAACAAGCAGGCGCAGGGGGUGACCCGCGACGAGGCGGCCUGCUUCUCCGACUCGCACCGCUUAGGCGGGGAGGUGAUGAACUGCCCCGGGUUGGUGAAAUGGGUUUCGAAAGAGAUCGGCCGAGACGUCUGGGUUACCGAGCAGAUGAAGAAGGCGCGGGAGGAGAACAAACUCUCGUGCAAGGCCAGAGAGCACCGUUCCGACUGGGAGUCUGACGUGGCGCGGGCGCUCAACGAGCUCGGUGGCUACCAGGACACUCCCGCCAGUGAGCCUGUCGGUGUCGGCACCGACAAGGCCUCGCCGGCGCAAUUCAGGCCUCUUGUGCACGACCUCGGGCUGACGCACGUUCGUGAGUGCGUGGCCCGUUGGGGAAAGCCUCCCGCCGACCUCACCUGCCGGGGGGCCUUUCGAGAGCUCCAGGCGUCCCACAGCUAUCAGGGGUCCCCUGUUUCUGUGGCCCCUCUGAACCUUGACCUUCUCAGUCUUCCUGCUGCUGGGGUGCCCCAGGACCUGGAGGGUCUUGUCGAGAAUGGCCGCGAUGAAGUUGAGAAGUUUGUUGAAGACUACCUCGUGCCAAAGGAUCAGUUGGGCCAAACCGACAUCCAGGAUGCUUUUUACCAGAUGGCCCUGCCCGAGCCCCUCAGGCCCUACUUUGAUCUCGGGAGGGUUCGGGCGGGACGCGUAGGUGUCACCUGUACUGUAGAGGGGGCCUCCGUAGGACCGAACACGUGGAUCUUCCCAAGGCUGAAGGUGCUGGCGAUGGGUUGGACGCAUGCCCUCAACUGGUGUCAGAGAGUACUGGAAGCUGCGUGUGAUCGGGUCCCGGGCCUCAGCAACGACUCCCGCGUCCAGGGCCACCGAGCCCCCCCUGACCUACGACCAGUUGCACACGCAGCGUAUGUUGACAACUUCGUGGCCUUCUCUCAGUCUGCAGGAAAGGCUCGGUCAGCGGCCGAAGGAGUUGCGACCGAGCUCGAGCGUGUGGGCCUGCGAGCUCAUCCCGUUGAGGCAGGGCCAGGAGGCGAAGCUCUCGGCUGGAUGUUCUCGAGUGACCGCCCCCUGGUGAUCGGAAAAGAGAGAAGGGUGUGGCGUCUUCGUCUUGCACUUCAACACGCUUCGCGUCUGCGCUACCUGAGCGGGAAGCAAGUCGAGGUUCUUGUGGGCCACUGCACUCAUCUGUUUCUUCUUCAUCGGGAGCUCCUGUCGGUGUUCAGCGGGGUGUAUGCCUUCAUCGGGCGCCAUCGUGGGGAGAGCGUUGGAGUCUGGGAUGUGGUUCGACGUGAGUUGCGGUGGGCUCCGUGUCUUAUCUGCUUCUGCUCCCGGGACCUGUGCGCCCCCAUCUACACGCGUGUCCUGGCCACUGACGCUUCUGAGUGGGGUCUUGGGGUGACGGGGGCCGUGGGCCUGGAGGCCGACGUGAAGCACGCCAUGAGCUUUUCAGAGGCCUGGAGGUUCAAGGAGGGUGGAGAAGGGGCCCGUGAGCAGGCCCGGGAGCGGAUCGAGGAGGCGAAGGUGACGGGGGAGAAGGCAGAGAACGCUAACGUGCCGGAGGGCGUGGACGUCUGCGCCCGGCUGGAGCGGGGGGUCGACCUCGUGCCUCGAUCCCUUGUCGGAGGCCCUUGGAGGACAGUGAGGUCGCAAGCUUGGGAUCGUCCUGAGAGUAUUCCUGUUCUGGAGACCAGAGCUGCCCUAUGGGGACUUCGACACAUGCUACGGAACAGUCAGACAUGGCAUAAGCGUGUUCUCAUCCUCAGCGACUCGAUGUCGGCUGUUCUGGCUCUGAGCAAGGGCCGAACGUCCGCGCCCGGGAUGCUCCGAGUUGUCCGGCGCUGGGCUGCACUGGCGCUUGUGUCGGGAUGUUCCGUCUACCUGAGGUGGAUCUCGAGCGAGGAGAAUCCUGCUGAUGCUCCCUCGCGGAGGGGGCUGCUGCCGCCGGCCGCCCCGCUGCCCGAGGUGCCCCACAUGGCGUCGGCCCACGCUGGCAGGCCGCGAGCGCGAGACCCGGCUCUUCGGGGCAUGAGGGGAUCGACGCCCGCCGCGGCCCUGCCGAGGGGCCACACGCUGGAGGGGGUCGGGCCGCUGGUGCCGGCGCGGCGCCGGGCGCAGCCGCAGGCCCGACGUGCCGCUGCUCGCGCGGUUGCCCGCCGGGGCUCGGCUGCUACGAGGGCUCCGGAGCUGGCGAGGCUGAGUUACCUCCAGGCAACCAACGUCCGGCCACGCACCCAGCAGCUGUACCCGGAGAGCUGGGAGAGCUUCGAGGACUGGGCACGGUUCCGCCUCCUCCCUCUCCAGUCGGAGAAGCAAGUCGACGACGCGCUCGGGGACUUCUUCGACUACCAGUGGUUCGAGGGGGCGGGCUCCAGCCUGGACUCGCGCCUGGUGUUCUGCCUGUUGAGCGACUGGCUGGUCCGCAGCGACCGGUGGCCCAUGGCGGUGGCAAUGCUGCUGUACGUGGUGCUCUACCUGAAGCCGAGCGAGGCCCUCAUCAAGGACCACUCAAGGUGGACGGUGCUCCUCCACCCUGCGGGCGCAAGCCUCGUCAUCAGCCUCGGCCGCCAGAGCCCGCUAGGCGUGCAGCACCGCGGCGGGUGGGCCCAGUCGAGCUCGAUGCGGCGCUACCAGAAGGCAGGCCGCCUGAUGGAGCAGUUGCGCUUCCUGCCGCACGGCGCUCAGCUCGCAACGGCAAGGUGCGCCUCCGAGAUUGGCGCCAUCAUGAGCAGGUCCUGCCGUUCUUGA